AUGAGCAUCAUAACAAUUGAGUUUAAUUCAUCAUUCUUUAGGCUACAUCCACCUAAUAAUGAUAAUAUCUUUUUACUAGGGACCUUCAUUCAAAUGAGAUUUCUUGCAUCUAUUAAUCUCGAUAAUCAUCUUGAGAAUCAUGUAAUUUUGGUUGUUAUGGAGGAGAAAACCCUCCUCAAAGAUAAUCUGUUAAUCCUUGUUGUGUGCUCCCGAUAUAUUAUCAAAUAUUCAUUCCUAGCUAAACACAUGUUGGAUCCAAAUUUGGGUUGCAUGGAUGCAACUCUUCAAAACAAGAAUAAUUGUUUCAUCAUCAUUCCCACAAGAAGGACAAGUUGGCAAAUUCCCAUUCCCCAUCUGCUUCUCCGAUAG